CCCGAAAGAAAAAGUAAAAAGCAUAUGAUUCGAUUCCUUUCGUUCGGCUUGAGGCUUGUCCUGUCAACUGUCCACACGCCACACCGACAGUGACGCCUUUUCCCACCUUUGACUUACGACGUAAUACCUAGGGCAGAAGGAGUAGGUUAUCUUGAGCUCACGCAGUAUAACGACAAAAAUGUCUCAGAAAAGAGCACUGCAUUUUGUUUUCAAGGUUGGAAAUCGAACCGAGACGGCGAAAUUCUACAGAGAUGUCUUGGGAAUGAAGUUUUUGCGACAUGAAGAAUUUGAAGAAGGAUGCAAAGCUUCCUGUAAUGGUCCCUAUGAUGGAAAGUGGAGCAAGUCCAUGGUUGGAUAUGGCCCGGAAGAUUCCCACUUUGUCGUAGAGCUCACAUACAACUAUGGGAUUGGCAAUUACAAGCUGGGCACUGAUUUCAUGGGCAUCACAGUUCAGUCUCCGAACAUUCUGGAGCGCGCUCAGAAAGCAGGAUACUCAGUGACAGAGGAGAGGGGACUCAAAGCUGUCAGGUCACCGGAUGGUUACGUGUUCAGAGUACUGGAAGAGCCAUCAGUUGGAGAUCCUGUGAAGAAAGUAACCCUUGCCUCGUCAGACUUGAAGAAAUCUGUGGACUUCUGGAGUCGACUUGCUGGCAUGAAGAUCUAUGAACAACAAGAGAAAUCUGCACUGUUGGGUUAUGACGACAACCAGUGCAAGCUGGAGCUGGUGGACAUCGGUGGGCCAGUGGACCACGCCACAGCCUUUGGUCGGAUUGCUUUCGCCUGCCCGGGAGCUGAGUUGCCAUCUCUUGAAGAGCAAAUGAAGGCGGAGAAUCAGACCAUCUUGACCCCCCUAGUCAGCCUAGACACCCCAGGCAAAGCCACUGUGCAAGUGGUUAUUGUUGGAGACCCUGAUGGACACGAGAUCUGCUAUGUCGGAGACGAGGGCUUCAGAGACCUGUCCCAGGUGGACCCGAAGGCCGACUCUCUCUUGGACGAGGCGAUCAGCAAAGACAAGAGUGAAGAAUGGUUUGCCAAGAAAGGUUUGACUAAGGGAAGUGCAUAGCUGUCCUGACUUUGUUGACCUGCCUUCAUUUGGGACUUGGAUAAAAAAAAUCUCUUUAAAAAAUAAAGAAACGAAAAGAAAAA